GAGAGCGCUAUAAGCUUCCUCGCGAGAUGUUGGCAGCUAGGGCAUUUAGCCUGAUUGGCAAGCGGGCUUUGUCCACUUCUGUUUGUGUAAGAGCUCAUGGACAUGAAGUUACAAAAGCACCACAUUAUACUCAGCCAAUAUAUGAGGAUUACCCUCUUAUUCCUUUGCCGGAUAUUCCAUUUGUACAAGACCUCACUCCUGAGCAAAAAGCUCUGAAAGAAAAAGAGAAGGGAUCUUGGAGUGCCCUUACACCUGACGAGAAGAUUGCUUUAUACCACAUCAAAUUUGACAGAACAUUUGCUGAAAUGCUCAAGCCGACAAAUGACUGGAAGACAGCUGUGGGUUUAGCUGGCUUCAUGAUUGGCAUCGGUGCUUUAUUUUUCAUUUGGGAGGUUCUGUAUGUUCUGAAACCAGUCCCACACACUUUAUCGGACGACUGGAAGGCCAUGGAGCUCAAAAGGAUGCUGGAUAUGAAAUCAGACCCGAUUACUGGCCUUUGCUCUAAGUGGGAUUAUGAGAAGAAUGAAUGGAAGAAAUAAAAGCCUCCGGGAACCAAGGCUUCUCUUUGGGUUUGAAAUUCUGCAACCGUUUCAUCAUCUCGAUGUUUCUUCCCUGCUUCUGUCUAUGGUGAAACAGAAUCCUCGUUUAAACCAUAACAGCGUAUAUACUUGGAAAGGUUGAACUGUUCUUACAGUUUAAUAUGCAAAAUUGCUCCUAAACUUAAUCCUGUUUGCAUUUUUUUUUUGCAGGAAGAUUAAAAAUUACAGUUCGAAAAAGAGGCAUGUGAUUCUUUAUUUGGUGGGGAAUUAUCUUUUUAAAAUAUCUGGGGCAAGAAGCUUGCUAAGUAAGAUAGUGGUUAUUGAGCCAGUGACUGUAAAAGCUUCUCUGAUAGGCUGGUACAUUUUUCAUCAGCACUUGGUGCUUCAGAUUUUUGUGUUCUGACAGCAGAAAUAAACUAGUGAUAAAUUA